AUGUCACUUGCUCUCAAGUUUACCUCGCUCGCGAUACGCACACUAUCCAAACCAAUAGCCAAUUUUAUCAAGCAACAGGCUCGCGAACAUCCGGGUUUCCGAGGAACAUGCAUAGCUUUCGCACAGCGCCUCCAUCGGAUAGAUAUGAGAUGGCGAAUAGGCCUUCUUCAAGAUGCUGCAGCAAUUGAAAGACAAUCACAACGUGAAGCGGCUCGGGAAACAGCCAAGAGACAUAAACACGAGAUCCCUACAGUGAAAACAGAAGCACAGACCAAAGCUGAUGAGGCAGCGGCUUCUAAAUCCGCAAAGGACUCGGCAGAGCCUCCGAAGCCCAAGAAGCAGGAGCCUAGGAUCAGACCAUUGUCAGAAGCCAAGGCCAUUGAAUCAGGCGCCAACUUUAUCAGCGAAACUUUCCUGUUUGGCGUGGCAGCCGCACUCAUAUUCUUUGAGUCAUGGCGAUCGCGAAGAAAAGAUGCUGCACGCCGUGAUGAUGUGGCAGAUCGUCUCAGCGACCUCGAGGAAUCGGAAGCUGCAGCGCGGACUGCUCUGGUGGAACUGGAACGUGAGGUCCUCCGCUUACGUGCUAAGCACAAUCUGGACGGCACCAAGCGUAUUCUGCCGAAGGAAGUAUAUGAACCAAGAGAAGAGAACGAGGAGGUCACGAAAGGAUGGAUGACUCGGAUAGCGGCCUUUAUCGGCCGAGAUAUGACGGAGGACAAGGAGGCGAGAGAUGCUCUGGAGACCAACUCACCAGGCCCAGCAGAAAAGAUUCUGGCCAAGGCAGACAAGGAUCUCGAAGAGAAGAAGAAGCAGCGUGAGCGCGAAGCCGAACUUGCCCAACAGCAGGCUUCUGAGACAAAACCACGAGAGAACAGCUGA